AUGGCGGAGGGGAAGCAAGCGAAAGUGGAGGCAAUCACCCUUAAAGUUGUCGCCCAAGACGGAACAGAAGUGUCUUUUAAAGUGAAGCCGAAAACCAAGUUCAGCAAGUCCUCAAUAUGCUCUCACCAAGCUUCACCUGCAUCAUCUUCUUCUCAAGUUUCAAUCGCCCUUCGCUCCUUCCCUCCCCUUCCCUCCUCUUCCCUCCUCGUCUCCUUCAUUCCUGUCCCCUACGUCCCCGCUGCUCCCUCUACUCCCGUUCCCACCCUCCCCUCUCUUCCCCUCUUGCUGCACAUGCCCACUCCCUCCUCUCUGCCCACUCACAUUGCAUUGCAUCGUGCAGUGGUCGAGUCCUGGGAGACAACACGCCUGCUGAGCUGGGCAUAG